AUGGAUUUGGUGCGGCUGAAUGGAGCCUUUGAGAGGGUCCGACUGUCUGCGAGACGUGGCUGCCGACGGUCGAGGUCAACUUGCCAUUCGAAAGAGUUGGCAAGCUCUGGGGCACGAGCGCACAAGCGAAAGGAGCACCCGAACGCCGCGUCUUUCCGUCUAAAACGGCCUCUGCUCAUUCGCCUUGUCAGCGUGGAUCCUGCACCCAUGCCGUAA